AUGGCUCCCGCUCCCCGUGUCUACUCCAAGACCUACAAGGUCCCCCGUCGCCCUUUCGAGUCGGCCCGUCUUGACUCGGAACUGAAGGUUGUCGGCGAGUACGGCCUCCGCAACAAGCGUGAGGUGUGGCGUGUCCAGCUUACCCUGUCGAAGAUUCGUCGUGCUGCUCGUGAGCUGCUCACUCUCGACGAGAAGGACCCCAAGCGUCUUUUCGAGGGUAAUGCCUUGAUUCGCCGUCUGGUGCGCAUCGGUGUGCUCGAUGAGUCCCGCAUGAAGCUCGAUUACGUCCUUGCCCUGAAGGUCGAGGAUUUCCUUGAGCGCCGUCUGCAGACCUGCGUCUACAAGCUUGGCCUUGCCAAGUCCAUCCACCACGCCCGUGUCCUCAUCAAGCAGCGUCACAUCCGCGUCGGCAAGCAGAUCGUCAACGUCCCCUCCUACAUGGUCCGCCUCGACUCCCAGAAGCACAUCGACUUCUCCCUGACCUCGCCCUUCGGUGGCGGCCGUCCCGGCCGUGUUCGCCGCAAGAAGGCCGCUGCCGCCGCCGGUGGUGACGGUGAGGAGGCUGAGGAGGAUGAGGAGUAA